AUGAAGUCGGACGAGAUUCCAAGCAUCAAUCAGGUGUCUCUAGAGGUUGCAAGCCUGGGGACGCUAAAGGGGAUUUCAUUAAACGGAAAAACAUAUAUCUUGGUAUCCCGUAUGCUUCUGUUCCAGGCCGGUUUCGGCGUUCUGUUUUCGCGUCUGAGCCCUGGGAAAAUGAGAACUGGGAUGGAACGAGGCUGGGGUAACUCUAGCUCGCUCUCUUUCCGCCUUGCGGAAUUUGAAGUUGACUUCGCCGGUGUUGUUAGGCCUUACUGUCCACAGCCGCCUCGAGACUUUUAUCCAGUUCCAAAUGCUCCCCGCCCUUGGCUGGAUAUGCCUCAGGCUAAUGAGUUCAACUGCUUGAAUCUGAACAUUUCGGUCCCUCAUUUACCCACUGAUCAAGUUAAGAAUCUAUUGCCUGUUAUGGUUUUCAUUCACGGCGGUGCGUUCACCUACUCUAUGAAUUCAUUGCCCGUUUACGACUCGCGAAUUUUGGUGGAAUCCUCGGCCUCCAAAUUCCAGCGACCAACUAUUGUCGUCGCAGUGAAUUACAGGCUAGGCGUUGACGGAUUCCUCGCGGGUAAAGACAUCGAGACAUACAAUAGUGCCCAUGGCGAAGCAGGAGUUGGAAACUAUGGCCUUUGGGAUCAGGUGCUUGCUAUUCGCUGGGUCUAG